CAGGUACAGUAUAUAAGGACGGAUGGAAGGCAGCUGAAGGCAUUACGAUCCUUCGUUUUACACUUUGUGAGGUAUUCUCUUAACCAGAUCUCCACCAUGAAGUUUGUGUUGAUGCUGGCGCUGCUGAGUGUAGCGAGCUGCCGCAACUUGUACCAUUGUGGAGAGGAUGACGACAACGAUGACGCACAGUUCAGGAUGACUUCGGCGGAAGAGACAGAUACUCCAAAGUUAAGGUCGUCUUUCCUCGAGAAGGGAUCCCCGCUGUCCCCAGAGUCUGCCACUGCCCUGGUCCUGCCUACAGCAUAUAGGAAAGUAGAUCUCUCUGAGUCUGAGAUACCCGAGCUAAGGUCUUCUUUUCUUGAGAAAGGCUCCCCGCUGUCUCCCGAGUCUGCUACAGCUCUGGUCCUCCCUACUGCAUACGAAAAGGUGGAUAUAUAGCGAGAAAGAUAAAUGACCUUACGGCAACGAAAAUUUUGUACAUUCCGAAUCUUAGAUGUUUAAGAACAAAGAAACAUAUGAGCAGCAUUGUAAUAUAAAGAGUUUUGUAAUAAAGUCUCAUUAAAA